CCAUCGCUUCCCUCACUCUCUGUGGUCUUCUGCCUUCGUAGAUUCCGCCUCUCUCUCUCUUCUUCCUUCUCUCCAUCACACACAGAGAGAGACGCAAUCUCAGCACUCACCCAUCUUGAUGGAGAGCAUUGCCCUCUACUCUUCAUCCUCCACCACAACCGCCACUUCCUUCUCCCGCUUCUCCCUCCCCCGCCUCCGCCCCUCCGCCCAUCUCCGCCCCCUCAAAUCUACCCCCACUCCCCUUCAUCCACACCCCCACCCAUUCCCCCUUUUCCACCCCAUUCACAAAACCACUCAGAAGACUCCCCAUCUUCUCCCCGCCGCCGCCGCCGAAUCGACACCCGCAUCUCCUCCUCUACAAGGCGCCAAACUCAUCCCCUUAAUAAUCUCAGUCGCAAUCGGAGUCGUCGUCCGCUUCUUCGUCCCCAAACCCCCCGAAGUGACCCCUCAGGCAUGGCAACUGCUCUCAAUUUUCCUCUCCACCAUCGCCGGCCUCGUCCUCAGCCCCCUCCCCGUCGGCGCUUGGGCCUUCAUCGGCCUCACCACCUCAAUUCUCACCAAAACGCUCACCUUCACCGCCGCCUUCUCCGCCUUCACUAAUGAGGUCAUUUGGCUCAUUGUCAUCUCCUUCUUCUUCGCCCGCGGCUUCGUCAAGACUGGAUUGGGCGACCGGAUUGCCACCUAUUUCGUGAAAUGGUUGGGGAAGAGCACUCUCGGAUUGUCAUACGGCUUGACUCUGAGUGAAGCGCUUAUUGCGCCGGCAAUGCCUAGCACCACCGCCAGAGCCGGAGGCGUGUUCUUGCCCAUCAUUAAGUCGCUCUCCUUGUCGGCCGGGAGUAAUCCCGGAGACCCCUCCAAGAAGAAGCUCGGUUCAUAUUUAGUGCAAUCUCAGUUUCAGUCUGCUGGUAACUCUAGUGGUCUUUUCCUAACUGCUGCAGCUCAAAAUUUGCUGUGUCUCAAACUCGCUGAGGAGCUUGGGGUUGUAAUUUCGAGUCCAUGGGUUUCUUGGUUCAAGGCAGCAAGUUUGCCUGCAUUUGUCUCUCUUUUGGCUACACCACUCAUCUUGUAUAAGCUUUAUCCUCCUGAAAUCAAGGAUACACCUGACGCCCCUGCAAUGGCUGCAAAGAGAUUGGAGCUUAUGGGACCUGUCACCAAAAAUGAAUUGGUCAUGAUCGGUACAAUGCUUCUUGCAGUUUCUUUGUGGAUUUUCGGAGACGCACUAGGCAUUGCAAGUGUUGUUGCUGCAAUGCUUGGUCUUUCGAUCCUCCUGUUACUGGGAGUGCUUGAUUGGAAUGACUGCUUAAGUGAGAAAUCAGCAUGGGACACUUUGGCAUGGUUUGCAGUUCUGGUAGGCAUGGCUGGCCAAUUGACAAAUCUUGGCAUUGUGAGCUGGAUGUCUACUUGUGUAGCCAAAGCACUGCAGUCAUUGUCACUGAGUUGGCCAGCUGCUUUUGGCGUGCUUCAAGCUGCGUACUUCUGUAUCCACUACCUAUUUGCAAGUCAAACUGGCCAUGUCGGAGCGCUGUACUCUGCAUUUCUUGCCAUGCAUUUGGCAUCCGGAGUUCCAGGCGUUCUAGCAGCACUGGCUCUAGCUUACAAUACCAAUCUAUUUGGCGCUUUGACACAUUAUAGCAGUGGUCAAGCUGCUGUUUAUUUCGGAGCUGGUUAUGUGGAUCUUCCAGAUGUGUUCAAGUACGGGUUUAUCAUGGCCCUUGUUAACGCGGUGAUAUGGGGAGUCGUCGGGGGUUUUUGGUGGAAGUUCUUGGGACUCUAUUGAUUUCAGACAUUGUGUAAGUAAGUUUUUGGUAUCUGAUCCAUGCUCUGAGAAAGUUUUUGGAACCUGAGAAAGCUUUAGCUGAUAGGUUUGACCUCUUUCUUAGGCAUUGUCUAAAUUCAAAAAGGAAAUUAUUUAUCUUCCUCGAACAAACUUGAAAUGCAUUGAGUUGAUGAGCAAAAAAGAAGAGAAAAAAGAGCUCUUCUGGUUUCCUUUUUCU